GGAGGGUUAAGUAACAUUAUGCAAUUUCCGAAGGUAGGGUUUUGGCGCGCUCCGAUAAAAUUCCUCAAACAACUCAUUCACAAAAUAGUCAUUUGAUAGCAGCAGCUCAGGGGUCAACAGAAUUCGUUUACAUAACCACAUUAAUGCCACUUUGAAAUUGAUUUUAUGAGAAAAAUGCUUUUAAUAAACCAACGCUCGCUGGCGUCCUACUUUCUAGCUCAAAUUCUGAUUGGUUGAAAAGAGAUGAAUGACAUAUUUCAGCUAACUAGGUCACAACGCCUUUCAAGAUGCAAAGAUGGCGACGUGGGGAGAAGGGGUGAGCUGGAGCUCCUAACGGCAGACGCGAAAAAGUGACGGUAGGAGAGAUUUCGAGCGUUUUUUAUCUACCUCAGCUUGUGAACAUGAAGUAACUUGAGUCACAUUGAAAUCUAUACCUCAUCAACUAGUCAGGUGAACGGGAAAAUAUCUUCCAUCGAUGCCCAUUCAUACGUUCUCGAAGUUCGGCUGGGUUGAUGCUCGUGUGUACGGCGAUCGUGGGAGGUUCUCUGUUCGUGGCCACCAAGCCAUUACACAAGCUUCAUGCGUUACCUCAUGGCCGCAUUUACGGACCAAAUCAGCGAGCAACUUUCAUGUAGUACUUGUGGGGAGCGGUACGCCGACCCUCGCGUUUUACCCUGCUUCCACACUUUCUGCCGACGAUGUCUUGUGGACAGACACGAGGGGGAAGAAGGAGGGCAGAUCCAGUGCCCGACAUGUAGCCAAAAGGCCGCUCUCGGAGAGGGCGGUGUGGACAGUUUACCAGCCAACAUAUUCAUCAAAAAUAUAUUAGACGUUGUAGUUUCACACGAGGAGGAUUUCGAAAAUGGCGAUCUUGAUAAAGAGCACGCUGUGCGUCACUGUAGCUCGUGCGACGAGGGUGCUCCAGCUACGUCGCACUGUAAAGACUGCAACGAAUUUCUUUGUGAUAACUGCGUCAGGGCGCACCUACGUGUACGACUCACCAAAGACCACAUGAUUGUACGUAUGAACCAGCGAGACAACAACGCACACGCACGCACCAAUAUAUCUGCUCAGCAAGCAACUCCCACCAUGCAGCCGGUCUCAGAUCGACCUCCGAGUUUCUGCCAGAUCCACGAGCACGAGAUUUUACGCCUUUAUUGUGAUAGCUGUGCCAGAGCCAUAUGCAGGGAGUGCACUAUGUCCGAACACUUGGGUCAUAAUUUUAUCUAUCUCCAGGAUGCUGUAGAGAAUUCAAAGACAGUCACUAUGAAGUUGCUGGUGGAUGCCAAAGCAGGAAUCAAAUCCAUAGAAGAUAGUUUACACACCACACAGAGUAUGCAAGAACGCGUGGAGGGACGUGCACAGGCAGUAGUGACUGAAGUGCGUGCUACAACACACCGUCAUAUGGCAGCAUUAGAGGAGCGUGAGCGCGAUUUGUUACACCGGGUCGAGAAAAUACGUCAGGUUAAGGGAAAGUCGCUACAUGUCCAAGCAGAGGAAUUACGCCAAGGUCUAACCUCGUUAACAAUGACUGUAGAAGAGGUGCAGGCUAUUCUUGACACGGGUACUGAUGUGGAUGUGCUUAAAACCAAAGACAAAAUGGUUUCUGAAAUCUCCAACAUGCGACGUCUCAGAGGUCACCUCACGCCCCACGAAGACGACAAUAUUGUGUUUACUCCCCCUGACACAGCCCUUCACACAGCCAUUAGUCAGCUUGGCUUUAUAUAUAGCAGUGCCUUUGCUCCUAACUCCAUAGCAACAGGGGACGGCCUUAAACGUGGUCUACGGGGAAAGGUGGCAACAUUCACAGUACAAGCAAAAGAUCACCUGGGGGACCAGCGCGCAGUGGGGGGCGACCCCUUGGACGUCAUUGUGCAGAGCCCAGAGGGCGUGCUGUUCAGAGCAGAGAUCACAGACCGUCAGAAUGGAACCUACGCUGUCAGCUACCGACCACAGUCUGAGGGACAGUAUAUUGUUUCAGUUACAAUCCGAGGCAAACACAUCCAUGAUAGCCCUUUCACAGUGACUGUGCGUAGUGGUCGGAACUACUCUUCCAUUGGGCAAAUGUUAUUCUGCUUUGGAGGUGAAGGGGAAGAAGAGGGGCAGCUCUGUCGACCUUGGGGCAUAUGUUGUGAUCGUGAGGGAUACAUCUUCAUUGCUGACCGCAGCAACAAUCGUGUUCAAAUUUUCAAUCCAGAUGGUUCAUUUUCAAGGAAAUUUGGCACCCCAGGGUCAAGGAAUGGGCAGUUUGAUCGUCCAGCGGGUGUGGCAGUUGACCAGAACAGGCGUAUCAUUGUCGCAGAUAAAGACAACCACCGCAUUCAGAUCUUUGCCUUCGAUGGCACAUUUCAGUUGAAGUUUGGAGAGAAAGGAAACAAGAAUGGCCAGUUUAACUACCCCUGGGAUGUUGCUGUGAACCCUGAGGGUAAAGUAUUAGUCUCUGACACCAGAAACCACAGGGUGCAGCUCUUUUCAGCUGAUGGUGCAUUCCUCAACAAAUACGGCUUCGAAGGAGCACUUUGGAAACAUUUUGAUUCCCCACGCGGCGUGUGCUUCAAUAACGAAGGACACAUGGUGGUAACAGACUUCAACAAUCACCGUCUGCUUGUCAUCCACCCUGACUUCCAAUCUGCACGCUUCCUCGGGACAGAGGGUUCAUCCAACGGGCAAUUUCUACGUCCUCAGGGUGUCACCGUGGACCAAGAGGGGAACAUAAUAGUGGCAGACUCUCGUAAUCACCGGGUGCAAAUUUUCCAACCCAAUGGAAACUUUUUGUGCAAGUUUGGCACCCCUGGGAGUGGCCCGGGCCAGUUAGACCGCCCCUCUGGCCUGUGUGUCUCCCCUGACGGGUAUCUCCUAGUUGUGGACUUUGGAAACAACCGUGUCCAAGUGUUUUGAUGACCUGUGCCCAGUUAACUGUCGUAUAUCUGGGCUCUUUUGGUCAAUGAUGAAAUGGAUGAAAAACCUCAGGUUAAUAACUGACGCUCAGGAAUAUCUCAAGGCUGUUGAUAUGUGAGGCCAAGGCAGUGUAACAAUGUUAUGUGAAGCCAAAGGCAAUAUACAACAAUUCUUACUCAGGGAGAAUAUGAUGUAGUCAUACAAGCCAUUGUGAACUUGAUCAUUCAGUGAUUCAAAAUCAAACUUUAUUAUUCUUCAAUAUAUAUAUAUAUAUUAUUUGUGGAGUAAUGUGCAAAAUGUUGAUAUAUAUAUAUAUAUAUACUCGGUGUGUGGCGUGCACAAAGUAAAUCAGUAUUCCAAGAAGAGUCCACUCAGGCGCACACGGCAGUCUCCCAAGCAAGGACAGUUUUCUCUCAGGAACCUAUGUGCACCCUCUGAAGGAGCUCUGACUGGAGGAAGCGAUAUAGUAGGUGGAUAAAUCAUUGAUAAGAAAAAUAGUUGGUAAUUAGUUUUAUUCUAUGCUAGUCUAUAUUACCCCUAUGCUGUAAAAGCAGUACUGCAUCCUCAAGUCAGUGCAGUGUAGGGAUUAUACAGUUGUUGGUUUGGUUAUAGGUGUUUCUAUACUGCUUUCACAUGUUAUGACAUUGAAGUGUAUGAGAAUCCCUUUUUAAAAUGUAUUUAUGAAAAACUGUGGUCAUUUAUAAGCUAAAAAGGUUAAACAAAGAACUUAUGAAAUGAGGAAGCAAAAGACUGUAUGUUACAAUUAGUUAAGAACUCCAAUCUUAAAUGCAGCAUGUUGUGAUUAUAGCUUACAAACAUGCUAAAUGUGCUUAUUUUUAUCUACCUCGGGCUAUCUGCACAUGGCCAGCACAUUCGAACCUAGCCUAUUUUUUAAAAAUCAUGGCCUAUGGUGGAUGGAAACAGAAAAGAGAUUUGGUCUAUGAACACCUAUCUGUGUGCACCAUAUGUGUUUGUGGUUUACUAUUCAAUUAAUUUUUUAAUGAUAAAUUUUGUGUAUUAUAUUAUUGUUUAUGUGUAACCGCCCCUACCUCAGCUCCAUCUGUAGGCGAGUACAGCCCUAUGAGGGCUCUCAUUUCCUUCAGGCUUCACAUUGCCUCUAACUCAAGAGUGUUUUUUUUUGUAAAUAUUUUUAUCUGUUUUAAGAUGAAUGGUUUGGAGACUGUGUUUUAAGACUGGUGUAAAAAGUUGGUGCUCAGCCAGAGAGCCUCGCCACUACCUCUACUUUAUCAGGCAACAGUUGGCUAUUAUAUGCAGUAGAGUAUGAAUGAUGACUAGAUCAGUUUUUGGGCAUUGCUUUAAGCAACUUUUAUUUAUUUGUUUAUGGUUGUUAUUAUAAUUAUUUUUGAGAGAUAUUCCACGGGUAAUAUGCAGUUAUGUUUGUGGUCUGAGAAUUCUCCCUUCUCUCAAAAAAAAA